AAUCCCAGCUCACCAUCCGAGAGGUGCUCCUUGGUCUAAGCCUCCAGUCCAGUCUGGGGAUAGCCAAAACGGAUCCAUGAUAGGCACCAAGAUUAACUACAUGAAAGGCAGCUGCAUUCUUCAUACUGACCAUAGCGGUGAUCAGCAACCUUGAAAUUUACGUUGUUUUUAAUACCUUUUCACGAGCCGGACUGUUCAGUGUUUAUCAUCCAACAUCGUUGGAGCCUUCAUCUAUCAUUCAGUUGGUAGUACUAGCACAACAGUGCCCAGCUGGUAUCCGUAACCAGUCUGAGAGCCCAAGUCGAUCCUGGAUAUACCACCUUUUACGACGAACAACUCUUGAACCCAUACCAUCCCGACUCUCCGCUGUUGCCGCUGCUCGUUGAUUCGAGUUUCAUCACUCCAUGACCAUCACCUGAACGAGGAAGACAUGACACUGUUCAGUAUACAGCGUUGCAAUCACGCUUGAGUCGUUGAGAAUCAGACUUACCCCACCAUGGCGUCCUUUAUCCCUCUCGGCGGUUUUCAACUGCCAUUCCAGCGACGACUCAGUCGCCUCUACAAUGACACCAAGAAAUCAUCCGACUUUGUCAAGGAGCCCAUCUCUGAAGAUCCCGAGAUCAAGGCGAUGCAUCGCAAACUGAAGAUUCAGAAAGACAGGCUCGUAAGUUGGGGGCUUGAAUGGUCUGAACCGUCAAAUCAAUCUCCUGAGAUAGACGAAGCCCUGUCCAAGGCUGGACUGAGUGAUCUCGUUGGAAGCAUCAUGUCCACCAUCAAAGACAUUCUUGCAGAAGCAGAGCCCCUAUGGUUGAGCUCGAAACGAAGGCUUGGGGCCGAAAAGGAGCCCGAGAAAGGAACCGGCGAUCGCAAAACGCCAAUUGUUGUAUGGGACAAGGCAAGGUUCCAAGACUUGAUCAAGGAUCUCACAGCCUCCAUCGACACACUCCACGACCUGUCUCGGACGAGAUCUUUUGCGGCCAGUUCAAAUAGAGCUGCCAUGUUAUCCAAAUCACAGUCUUCUUUAGAGGAGUUACGGCCAUUCGAAUCGACUCGCAUGCAGACGCCCCAGCAAAUCAACCCUCAAACACUCACCAAUCUCAAAUAUAUGCAGCCAAUACCUAUGUCAGAGCCAACAUCGUCUCAAAUUCGACCACAAGAGGUUGUCUUUAUGAGCAAGCAAGCCUAUUCAGACUUGACCGAUCGGCCCGGCCGGCAACCGUGGUCACCCCUUUUACUCGAACAUGCCCAGUUUGACGCGAUAUAUUCGACAACUGGCAUCAUGCCCUCGAUGUCUCGGUUCGAGAAGCUGAGUUCGGGUCUUCAAACGGAGUCGCACAGGUCCCCAGGGGCAUGGAUUGGCCUACCACUUCUUCUGGGUUACUACGAGGACAUGGAUAACUCCAGACUUGGCCUUGUGUACCAGUUUCCCCCUACUUUCAAUCCGGUCAUUUUCGAAAAUUUGACACAGAACCCAAUCGACAGCCUUUGCACCUUAUCUGAGCUUCUGUCGCGACCUGACUUUGAGCCAAGGCUGGAGGUCAAGUUUCGUUUGGCGCAUAACCUGGCGAACACCGUCUUCGACAUGCAUGCACGAGGUAUCACCCACGGAAACCUUUUGGAUUCAACCAUUUCCUUCUGUAACCCAGUGGGGAACGAAGCUGGGUUGCAAGUCCGCGAAGUUGACAUCCGGAAACCACUCAUCUCAUCCUUUGAUGUCUUUCCUGGGGAUACCCCUGCAUCAUCUUCCCCGGUGACGACCCUCUAUCGACAUCCGCUGGAUCCGAGGACCACCAAACAAUCCCCCCUCGCCUCAAAUAGUGAUACGAAGACCUUGGAUCUGUACUCUUUGGCGAUGCUCCUUGUCUCUAUCGGGCUUUGGACCAAGCUCGAAAAUCUCGUCCCGAACCAUGAGUCACCCAGCAUCCCCGAGUCAGUACUUGAGCAACUUGCUAUCCGCUGUGGCAGUCUGUACAUGAAAGCGGUACAGGCCUGCUGGAAUGCUGUCGACCAAGAACUUGCUCGUCCUGGAGCGACCAAUGAGAUUUUGAACCAGGUUCAACUGCGUUCAAGUCGCUAUCUUGAAGCCUGUUCUAUCUUGGAUGGUGUGAGUGAACUUGAUGAUAGGUUCAGUGAGGAUAUCGGAGACGUCGCUGCAAAGGAGCAUGAGCAUCAGCAAUCUCUUUCUGUUUCUGUCCCAGCCCUGGCAGGCCCAUCGUCUCCUUCAACGCACCGACAAUCUACGUCAGCUACCACAACACCGAUUGGCUUUGAGCGAAAGCCUUCACCGGUCUCAACAGAUAUGACCCAAGUUGAGGCAGAGGCUCUUACCACUACUCGAGGUACCAAACCAACUGCGGUCCCAACCAAACCUCCAACGUCGAAAACUCGACUUUACCCCCACAUACCGUUACCACCCGAUGAAAUUCAACAAUGGAACGACAUCAUCAUGCCGCAGAUAAAUAUGGCGCUUCGAAGCUUUUAUCGAAAGAACACGCGGGAGUCGGUAGAGAUCUCUCUCGAGUCGAUUGGCGAGUCACCCAACAAGACCAAGCCAACCGUUCUCGUCGUUUGCACAUCUGUCAAUAAAGUGAGAUCAAUAUUGAAAAAGAAGCUCGGCGUCUUUUUUGAUGGCACAACGGGUUUUGGCUUGAAGGUGUGUCGGGGCUCGGUGUUUCGUUCCCGUAAGGGGUCAAGUACUGUCACCAGAUACGCCGGAGAGGGCGAAAGUGGUAGCGAAAGUGAACAGGACGCAGAGGCCUCGAUUCCCUUUUAUCAGAAACGUCCCCAUAGUGGCGCCAGUAUCGGAGCCUGGAUCGGCGAUAAGCAUCUUCCCGCCGUGAGUUUCGGUGGUUUGAUCAUUGUCGACGAUAAACCCUACGGUAUGACUGUACACCACAUGCUGGAUGACCCCGAGAGCGGCCAAGCGCAUUCAGCGCAGAUGCCACUCAAAAGCAGUGCCGCUGCCCAAGAUAUGCCUGCUUAUCAUGAGGACUCUUCAGCCGAGAGCAGCAGCAGCAGCGAAGACUUUACUUGUGAAUUCUCCGAUAGCGAGUCGGAUGACACUGACACCGAUGACGACGAGUCAGAUGAUGAAGAAUUCACUGAGACGGGAGAUAUUCCUGGUGUCGAGCCGGGCUGCGGUGAGGGUUACAUCAUCACGCAGCCAGCGCUUGAUGAUGUGGAAGAGGGCUUCUAUCCUUCGGAACACACCAUGAAUGAGGAGCACAUUGACAGUUUCCGCCUUGGGGAAGUCUAUGCGUCAUCUGGUAUCCGCAGACUUCACGCGCCAACUGGGCUUGUACACGAAAUAGACUGGGCGUUGUUCGAGUUUGAGGACAAAAGGCUUCCAGAUAAGAACAAUAUGCCACGGGUUGAAAUACACAAUCAGUCCCUCGGAUGCCAGGUGGAGCCCCUUCGACCUACAAUGGUGGCUCCUUCGUCCGAGUUGCCUGGGUUGGAGGUGCAGUGUGUCGCUCGUUCAAGUGGUCUACAGAGAGGCCUGAUUAUGCCCGCCCUUGUCUCUGUCAAGAUGUUAGGCCGCAGCUCGCCUAGUCAUAGCUACCAAGUUAGUAGUAGGGCGACGUCCAAAAAUAGCUCACCCCAGUCCGCGCAGUUGGAUACCAUGGCUAGCGAUCAUCGCGGACACUCUGAUGUUGCGCUCGGUUUCCCCGGAGAUUCUGGCGCCUGGCUCAUAGAAUGCCGCAACGGUCAACUCUGCGGCCAUGUCCUAGCCUGGAGCUCCCUUAAGCGGGUGGCAUACAUCUGCCCAAUGGAAGUUCUCUUCUGUGACAUUGCCGAAACUCUCGAGGCCACCGAGGUCAGGCUGCCGGGUGGGAAGCCUGUCGCAGGAAUACAAAAAGCCGGGAUCGCGGAGAUAUCUGAUGAUGACCUGCAGUAUUUGGAGGAGGAAGAUGAUUAUGAUAUGGUGUCGCAGCUGAGUAAAGGAGGACCAAGGAUAAAAGACGAUGAAUAGUUUAGCAUGAGGUCGGACAUGGUGAGGUCGUAUUUGGGAACGAGGGUCAAUUAUUGGGAUCUCGGUGGGAAGAUUGUAUACCCGAGUGAUUAUUUCUCUCGUUCAUAGAAUUUGAUAUUGCUGCUCUCUGU